AUGGAGAAGGAAGAACAAGUUGGAGUUGGAGCGCAAGAUGAUCUUCUUUCGAUUGAGCUCCCAGCCCCUCCUUCUUGGAAGAAAUUGUUUUUCCCCAUGAAAGGAGGUACACCAAGGAAGAAUGAGAUUGUGUUCAUUGCUCCUACUGGAGAGGAGAUCAAUUACAAAAAACAACUAGAGCAGUACCUAAAAUCACACACUGAUAGUCCUGCAAUAUCAGAGUUUGAUUGGGGUACUGGUGAGACCCCUAGGAGAUCUGCAAGAAUCAGUGAAAAGGUCAAGGCAACUCCACCAUCAAAUUUUAAGUAA